CGUUGGCUUCAAUCACCGCCUCAGUUGCCAAAUCCUCCAUUCUUUUUUCUUCUCGCUUGCUGAACCGACAAAGAAAGAAGCAAAGAGAGAAAUGGAGAUGGCCAUUAGCAUCCAUAACUAUUCUUUAAAAGCUCCUUCAAUUAACCCUAACCCUAAAUUUCCAUUGCCGAAACUUUUGGGACUCACCUUAUCUCCGCUUUCCUCUUUCAACUCCAAGACAACAAGUCUCAAAUUUCGUUCUAGGAAGUUGACUAAACCAGUCAAGUGCUCUGUUUCUCAGGCAACUCAACCUGCAAUUGAGAAGAAGAGUCAGUUAAAGAGGAGAAGGGAUAUAAGGAACAUAGCAAUCGUGGCGCAUGUUGAUCAUGGAAAGACUACUUUGGUUGAUGCAAUGUUGAAACAAUCUAAGGUUUUUCGUGAUAACCAAUUUGUACAAGAGAGGAUAAUGGACUCAAAUGAUCUUGAACGUGAAAGGGGUAUUACAAUUCUGAGCAAAAAUACAUCUAUAACUUAUAAGGAUACAAAAAUUAAUAUAAUAGAUACUCCUGGACACUCUGACUUUGGAGGUGAAGUUGAACGCAUCCUCAAUAUGGUCGAAGGGGUUCUUCUAGUGGUGGAUUCUGUUGAGGGUCCAAUGCCACAAACAAGGUUUGUUUUGAAGAAGGCUUUAGAGUUUGGCCUUGCCGUUGUUGUUGUCGUCAACAAGAUUGACAGACCAUCUGCACGUCCAGAUUCUGUCAUCAAUUCCACAUUUGAACUAUUUAUUGAAUUAAAUGCUACAGAUGAGCAGUGUGAUUUUCAAGCAGUAUAUGCCAGUGGUAUAAAAGGGAAGGCAGGACUGUCUCCUGACAAUUUGGCAGAAGAUCUUGGGCCUCUCUUUGAGUCUAUAAUCAGAUGCAUACCUGGUCCACAUAUUGACAAAGACGGUGCACUACAAAUGCUUGCAACAAAUAUUGAAUAUGAUGAACAUAAAGGACGGAUAGCUAUUGGGCGCUUGCAUGCUGGGGUGCUUCGGAAAGGAAUAGAAGUAAGGGUAUGCACAUCAGAGGAUUCAUGUAGAUAUGCAAGAAUUUCUGAACUUUUUGUCUAUGAGAAAUUCAGUAGGACCCCUGCUGAGAGUGUAGAAGCUGGUGAUAUUUGUGCUGUUUGUGGAAUUGAAGAUAUUCAGAUUGGAGAGACUAUUGCUGAUAAAACAUCUGGAAAGCCAUUGCCUGCCAUUAAGGUGGAAGAACCAACUGUGAAAAUGGCUUUUUCUAUAAACACUUCACCAUUUGCUGGCCGCGAGGGAAAGUAUGUUACUAGCAGGAACCUACGAGAUCGACUCUACCGUGAGCUUGAGCGAAAUUUAGCUAUGAGAGUUGAAGAUGGUGAAACUGCAGAUACAUUUAUUGUUUGUGGGCGUGGUACUUUACAUAUUACCAUACUGAUAGAAAAUAUGCGAAGAGAAGGGUAUGAAUUUAUGGUGGGACCUCCCAAAGUUAUUAACAAAAAGGUUGAUGACAAGUUGCUUGAACCAUACGAGAUCGCCACAGUGGAAGUGCCAGAAGAACACAUGGGGGCUGUGGUUGAACUUCUUGGCAAAAGGUGUGGAGAUAUGUUAAAUAUGGAAGGAGUUGGGUCUGAAGGUACAACACUUCUGAAAUACAAGAUCCCAACACGUGGCCUUCUUGGAUUGCGGAAUGCAAUCUUGACAGCUUCUAGGGGAACAGCUAUAUUGAACACCAUAUUUGAUAGUUAUGGACCUUGGGCUGGUGAUAUUGCUACCCGGGAUCAGGGUUCAUUGGUUGCCUUUGAGAAUGGAAGCAGUACUUCUUAUGCACUUGCCAGUUCACAGAAGAGGGGACAGAUGUUUAUUGGUCCUGGCAUUGAAGUUUAUAAAGGUCAAAUAGUUGGCAUCCAUCAACGUGCUGGUGACAUGUCCCUGAAUGUUUGCAGGAAAAAGGCUGCAACAAAUGUACGCUCCAACAAAGAACAAGCAGUUGUUCUUGAUACCCCAUUGGAUUAUAGUCUGGAUGACUGCAUUGAGUAUAUCCAAGAAGAUGAACUGGUGGAGGUCACUCCAUCAAGUGUCAGAAUGUGCAAAAAUCCAAAAUUUGCAGCUGCAAAGAAGAGUCGGUAAAUCCAGCCUAUCAGACAUUAUGGUCCACAAGCAAUCUUACCUGCCGCGUAAAUCAUUGUAGUCAAGCUGCAUAUUUCUGCGGCUAAAUUCACCUCAUUGCCAAAGUUUGUGCCAUUUAUGUGCUCUGUUGAGCAUAUGAAUCCCCCUUCAUGCAAUUUUAGCAAUUGAAAUUCCGAAGGAAGCUAUUUCAAGAUUUUCAUUUCUUGGUGUAGCUGCUGUAUUUAAUGAUAUGGUACCAAGAUCAUGAUUGGUACACAAGGUAACGAUAAUAUAGAGUAAAAUAAAAUUAUAAAUAAGAUUAAAAUA